AUGGCGGGACCGCUGACCAUGAUGUCUGCGGCUGCAUCUGUCGUCACGGAAAUCCAACCAAGCCAAUGGCCAGUGGGUUCCUACAGCCUUCUGUCAACUGCAUUUGGAUGUCCGGAGUCUGAGAGACAUGGUUGGAGUCUUGGCCACAUCAACCUGACGCUGUCAGUGGAAACCAACUAUCGUCAAUGGUUUCCAGAACGUUUCCGGGUGUUGGGGCCUUAUCAUAAACAACAGUUCCAGUUCAAUUUCUGUUCAAGGACCGAGUCUACUGACAACGGUUCAUGGCCUGAUGGACAGUACUGCUUGUUUAAAACUGCUGGAGGACAGUGUCCAGAUGGAUUCCAGGAAGGGUUACUCCCCUUGUUCAACUACAGCGUGUGGGAGGAAGACACUGGGGGUGUUGUUCCUGACGUGGACAUCACAGGCCAGGGGAUACAGCUGACACUGUGCUGCAGGGCCGAUGACGGCAUCGACACCAUAUCACUACCUACAUCAUUUCCCUUCUAUCUAAUGAAGCCAUCUCCAGAGGUUGCCUGCCAGGCAGUUGCCGACAUGGUGGUCACAGAGGAAGUGUUCUCCUUCGUGAAGACCUCCAACAGGAGCUGGAUGAGCGGGGAGGGCAGCUUUGUGGCAGAGGAGUCGGAGAACUACUUUAACGUCACAUUCUGCUACUAUGAAGCAUAUGAGCGCAGAGAGUGUAUGUACUGUGAUGACAACGGAGCGUCCUAUGAAGGUUGGGUCAACGUCACCGACGAAGGUCGAUCCUGUCAGUCAUGGAUCAACAGUUCAACGUUUAUUAAAGAAAAGGCUGUUGAUUCCUCUGACGACCUACCAAAUGUCAUUGACAAGAGGAUCUAUCGCUCUCCUCCUACUCUUCCACAAAAUCCAGUUGAAAACAUUCGUCGACUUUCCACAGGAUCCUUUGCAGUUGCACGGCCGUAUAUAGAACCCUGGGUCCAAGUUGACUUCAAUGAAUAUUAUGAGAUCCACACGAUAACAGUCAGAAGGAGUCGCAACUGGGGUCAUUAUCUUGCCCGGAAUUUCAUAACUUAUGUCAGCCGGAAUCAAUGGGAUUUCCUCACAUUUGGAGCCUACAUUUGUGACGGACCAUCCCACUUGGCAAGGAAUUCCGUGUUCCGCUUCCAAUGUCGCCGACCUUUGAUUGGUUCCUUUGUCACACUGCAAAACUUCGUUCACUACGAUCCAGACUACAACAAGGGAUUCUUUUUCGCGUUUGAAGCUUCCGAAAUUGUUAUCAGAGGCAAAGCUACUGGCUGUGGGAAAUCCCUGGGCGUGAGGACUGGUGACGUCAAAGAUUUCCAGUUUAAGUCUUCCAGUGAUGGCGCUGGUUACUAUGGACAUCAUGCAAGACUAUACAGAGCCACGGGAUGGUGUGCCCAGACGGGAGAUACUGAUCCUUACAUACAGGUGGAUCUUCUGACGCCAACGAUUCUGGAGCAGGUUGUCAUACAAGGAUGGUCCGAGGGGGAAGUUGAGUUUCUCAUCAACGCUUUUACUCUGUCGACUGGAAUGAGAGAAGAUAACCUGACAACCUAUUUCAACAGUAGUGGAGAAGUCAAGGUAUUUCGUCUAAAUCCGACGUACCAGUCGGAUGUGUCACAGAAGUUCCACCUGACUAGACGGCUCACACGGAUUGUCCGACUGCAUUUGCUUCGUGAGAAGCCCCAUCUUUGUGUUAAGUUUGAUCUUAUUGGCUGUCCAAAAAAGAGGUACAGUCGCCAUUAUCGGAAUCGCUGGGAAGAAGGGCAUGGACCAACAACUGAAUUUGGAGAAGAUGUGUGCACGAAAGACAUCUCCAAGGAUUUUUAUAAAUGUGGUGGCAUCGUAAACCACACUGGAGAGAUUAUCUCCCCUUCUUACCCCUUCUACUAUGGAGAGAACAUUAACUGUACAUGGACUGUGAGACUUGGGGAAGGAACAUUUGUCAGCCUUGACCUUGUUGAUGUAGAUCUCGCACCUAAAGAAGAACACUAUGAAGCAUCUGCAUAUUUUGACUGCGAGGACACGCUGACAAUAUAUGAUCGUCACAGAGACGGCGACCAUGUCGUUGUAUCCAUGAAAGGUCAUCCGUUUGAAACUCUUGAGGAACCACACUACCUGUCCUCUUCGAAUGAGAUCGAGAUCAACUUGAUCACUUGUCCCAGACUGACAGAAGCAACGUCUCGAGGUUUUACGAUCAAAGUGGAUUCAAUAGACUGCGGGGGUUGUGGCCAGGGUGAGUCCAGCUGCUCCAGACAGGCCGUGUGUUCUCACCAGUGUGGCUACAUCUCCAGUACUACCUUCCCCAACUUCUAUCCAGUCUCAGCCAGUUGUUACUGGAGGAUACAGGGUCAGGUUGGGCAGUAUGUCACAGUGACAUUUGAAAUGGUUGAUGUCAUAGCUGUUGGUGAGUGUGAGGGAGACUACGUCAGCCUCUAUGACCUUGACCUUACAAAAAAGAAAACAUUACUUGGAAAGUUUUGUAAAACCAGAAGGCCAAUAGGAGACAUCCAGAGCAGUUGGCAGAUGAUGGAUGUGGAGUUUUAUUCUGACUUUGACACUGUUGGAAGAGGGUUCCUCCUGAAAUAUACCCUUCAGACUGUUCAGCUCAGCACAAGGUUCUUGAAUUUGUCAGGUCAUUGUGACGAGAAUUGGUACGAAUAUGGGCACAGCUGCUACCGCUUCAUCACAAGUGACAAAGGACUCACCUGGAUAGAUGCUGAGAAACGCUGCAUUGAAGCUGGAGGCCAUCUUGUCAGCAUAAGCGACACCGAGGAGACCAAUUUCCUCCAUUCGACCAUUCUUAAUAACAACCUUUUUUCUGAGCAACAAAUAUACAUAGGGCUUCGAAAACAAGGUCAGAACAGAUACAUAUGGGCGGAUGGAAAACCAUUGUCGCAUACUGAAUGGUAUGCUGGCGAUUCUGAAGGAGCUCCUCAGCCGGAUGGGUUUGAGAGAGAGGCGUGCACCAUGAUGGCCAUCUCCAGCAUCAGAUCCACCGACAACUGGCACGACGUGGCCUGCGCCUUUGACAAAAUCUCACAGUACAUCUGUGAGACGUCAAACAAAAACCCCAUGGUAAUCGGCAGUGAUGAUGAUGCUACGGCCGGGUAUUACUUUCCCUGUACCAGCCAAGAGUACAUUUCCAGGUUGUACACAUGUGACGGAAGCAUGGAUUGCUUGGACGGGAGUGAUGAAGCGAACUGUUCAACAGAAACGUGUCCACUUGGCAUGUUCACCUGUACUGAUGGAGGAUGUGUUGACUUUGCCUUCUACUGUGACCACAAGGAACACUGCAGAGACGGGUCGGAUGAAGCAAAGUGUGUGUCCCGUGAAUGUUCCUCUGACCAGUGGAAAUGUAGCAGUGGACAGUGUGUGUCAGCUGACCAGAGAUGUGACCUCCUACAGGACUGUGUAGACGGAUCAGAUGAAGAGAACUGUGAGACAUGCCAAAAUAACUUCUUCCAAUGCUACGAUGGACAGUGCUUGCCCCCUGCCAGGGUGUGUGACGGGUUUGUGGACUGUGGGGGGACAUACAGAGAAGACGAGGGUACUCAGUGUACCACCAACAGUCAGCCGUCUUGUAGGGAGUGGUAUGCCCUGGGGUCAAGGAGAAAUGGCGAAUAUAGUAUUGUGAUUGGGAACAAGACGUACCCGGUGGAGUGUAAAUUCGAUAUGAGCGAAGGGAUGAUAACCACCAUCAUCCACCAUGAUUUGGAGGACUGGACAGUUACACGGGAACCAGGAUAUGAUAAGAAGUUCCAUUACGACAUCCCGAAUGAUGACAUCAAACACAUAAAGUCUGCCUCCGUCUCAUCAUCAGAGUCCAACACGAGUUCCCUGAUGUGUGCGAGCGGUGUAGUUGUUGACAUCUCUCACAAAUGCAUCCUGGAUUACGACAUCUAUCAGCACUACACAGGAUGUCGAGACCUCACACAUGUAGUGGAUUGUGAGAAGCACGAGUGCCCAGCUGACCACAUCAAGUGUCCCUCCAGCUACUGUAUCCCUGUCAGGCUGGUCUGUGACGGACGCCCGGACUGUGCUGACGGGAUGGACGAAACAGGAUGCAUUAAUGCCACAUGCCCUGGUAGAUUCCGUUGUCAUGGCACCAGGGUGUGUAUUCCAUGGCAACAAGUGUGUGACAAAGUCCGACAUUGUCCUGAUGGAGACGAUGAAUAUUUCUGUGACACCAGCUGCCCUGAUGAGUGUGUCUGUAAAGGUGCCUAUAUCACUUGUACUGGGUUCCAUCUCGACAAAACUAAACACCUACCCAAAUAUACAAGAGUGCUCAAAUUAAGUGGAAGUGUUGAUAAAACUUUGAAAAAUGAUACCUUCCACCAUAUGGACACCUUAGCCUUCCUGGACCUUUCCCACCUUGGGGUUCAUGUACUUGAAGAAGUAUCGUUAAGUGGACUGAACAACUUAAUGCAUUUAGAUCUCAGUAAGAACUCAAUAAGCUUCAUACCCGAAGGAUUAUUUCAGGGUAUGGAAAAUCUUGUGUCAUUAUUACUCAAUGAAAAUGGAAUGCUCAAACUGGGUGCUUCAUCAUUUGAUGGACUAAAACGUCUACCUUCACUGGACCUUUCCGGUAUUGCUCCAGGGAGAUUGACCAGGGACAUGUUUCAGGGGCUAUCUAGUCUUCUGUAUUUGAACCUCUCUAACAGUAGAAUCAGUAGAAUAGAAGACAACAGUUUCAAUGGACUCGGCAAAUUGCUCACAAUUGAUCUGACAAACAAUGUCAUCACAGAUUUUACCGGAGAUCUAUUUUAUGGACUAAACCAGCUGAACUACCUGUACAGUGAUAGAUAUGUCUUCUGUUGCUUCAAACCUCAGAGUGUCCCAUAUGAAGAAUGUCUACCUGCUGCUGACGAAUUUUCUUCUUGCUCUGACCUGAUGAGGAAUGAAGUUCUGAGAAUAUGCAUAUGGGUUCUGGGCUUUGCAGCUCUCAUUGGCAACUUUCUUUCACUUAUUUCGAGAUACAUUUACGAUAGGCAAAGUUUUAAACGCAGCAAUGAUUUUUUUGUUGCAAACCUCGCUAUUUCUGACUUUGUGAUGGGAAUAUACAUGAUCAUCAUAGCAAGUGCUGACACUUUCUACAGAGGAGUGUACAGUUGGAACGAUGAGGCCUGGAGAAGCAGCUGGGUGUGUCAGCUGGCAGGUCUCCUAGCAACCCUGUCAAGUGAGACAUCCGUCAUGUUCCUCUGUAUCAUCACAGCAGACAGAGUCCUGGUCAUCAAAUUUCCUUUCAAAGAUUUCAAUAUCUUCAAACGAUAUUCCAAGUACAUCAGUCUCUCGGUAUGGAUUCUAGGUUUGCUGAUGGCAGGGAUGCCUCUUUUGCCCAUAGAUUACUUUGCAAGGUCAUUCUACUCUCGAUCAGGAGUCUGUCUCGCUCUACCGCUGACCAGGAACAGGCCGCCAGGAUGGGAGUAUUCCACCACCAUCUUUGUCAUCUGGAACUUCAUCUGUUUUGUCUUCAUCGCUUUGGGUCAGGCUGUUAUCUACCAGGCAGUGAGAGCAAGUCAGAAGCUGAGAAAGGGGCGGACGACCAACGACAUGACCAUUGCUAGGAAGCUGUCCUUCAUAGUUCUGACGGACUUUGUGUGCUGGUUCCCUAUCUGUGUCAUGGGUCUGAUGGCUCUCCAAGGUCAUGUUAUCAACUCUGAAGUGUACGCCUGGGUUGCGGUGUUUGUCCUGCCGAUCAACUCCGCUCUCAACCCCAUCAUCUACACCCUGUCAUCAGUUGACACCAUGAGAAACCGAAAGCUAAACAGUGAAAAGAAGUUCUCAAGUACUACUCGGUCAACUGUAAGGACAGGGUUGUCUGUCCCUCAGAUUUUGCGAAAAGAACUCCUCUUCUUGAGCCAGCCCCCGAAUUCGGUCUGCCUGUCCACUUACAUCGGGUCACUGAUGUCCGCCAGGCAAAUGCUGACCAUUGCUCAUCAGUUAGCAGGCUCUAUCGACCUUCUUCACUCCAAUGGGCUGGUGAAUGGUUUGGUGGAGACAGACAGUAUAUACGUUGUCCUUGAUCAGGGGAUUAUCAAAAGGGUGACUGCAGCAUGUGUGCCCAUAGCAACAGAAAUCGAAGAUGACUUCAGUAAGGAUAUCCGGGACUUUGGUCUUCUUGUGUCCAAGAUGUUGAAAGCCUAUACAGUUGCUAAGAAACAACAUCUGGCAAAGAUGGUCAACCAGUGA